AUGCGAAUCCUUGGUCUACUUGCAAGUCAAAGUGUACUCCCAACUCGGGGCGAGAUGCCGCUGUUUCCUGCUGCUCCGGAUCAUGGUACUGCUCGGCAUAAGUCUUUCGAUUUUAUGUUGCAUAAAGUAUACGAGACCAAAGGUGCGUGUGUGCAUGAGCGAGUGCAUGCUUGCAAUUCCAAUCAGACUUUUUGCUGA